AUGCAGCGGGCAGCCGCUGCUUCCGUUACUCUUACAGGAAACAGGAAAAAUGGAUUAUCAUCACAUGCCAUCGACGAUGAAAUAGCGCCGUCAACUUUCCCUGCACCCCUUAUCUUGCCCAAUGACGACCUCUCAAACGAUCCCAGAUGCCCUCCGCAAAGUUUUCGAUCAUGGACAAGGGAAAAGAAUCGCAACAAGGUAACCCCACAGAGGAAUGUACUCUACGUGGCAUACCCUCCAGAAGUUGACUCAGACGUCGGUUACAUCCAAACAUGGUGUAAUCCCAAUCCCAAUAAAACGUCAAUGUCAGGGACCUGCUCAGCCCCAAAAAUUGAUGAUGUUGUCCUCUAUCUCGGAGCGUUCUACCAUGGCAUGCAGGUUAAAUCGCUACCCACGAAGCUGCGGUUCACAAGUUGGGAGGAUGAUCCCCCGAAAUUGAAGCGAGCUUCUUCAAAAAUGAAAACAAAAAUACCCACCCGAAUUGGAUUAGCGUGUCAAACCGAAUGCAUUGGCAUCCGCGCUCGCCCUUCUCCAGAUGAUGUUUACCCAGCUCAGCUCAAUCUCGACGACAUACUAGAGGCAGCCAUUGAGAUACUUCCAGAGGAUGCAUACGCCAUCCUUCUACUCGUCAACCAUGAUUUGUACGAGGAUGACGACGACGAGUUUGUGUGCGGGCGCGCGUACGGUGCAAGUCGUAUUUCCGUCAUAUCUACAGCAAGGUAUAACCCAGCAUUGGAUGGUAUCCAGGAAGUAGAACGGGAACACGCUUGGCCGGCUUCACACUGCCAAUCAUACAUCAUGAAAUGCAUCGAUGCCUCAGAUUCAACAAAGCGCCCAAAGAAAAAGUCCAAGGUCGACUCUGACUUGAAUGUACAAGACGACCAGAACGCCACGUCACCGAUGCGCGCGGCUCUUUUGGCGUACGUUAACACACCUCCCCUCACCAAUAGUUCACCACAGGACAUCAUCACAGGCACCUGGCUGGCGCGAGUCUGUCGUACGUCAAGCCAUGAGCUAGGGCACUGCUUUGGAAUGGACCACUGCGUGUACUAUGCGUGCAUCAUGCAAGGAAGUGGCACUGUGAUCGAGGACGUCAGACAGCCUCCAUAUCUGUGUCCGGUGGAUUUGGCCAAGCUUCUAAAAGCGUGUGGUACAACAGAGGAAGCACAGCUAGGAGCGCUAUUGGUCUUUUGCGAGCGUUUCCCAAAGGUGCAGUUAUUCAUGGCAUUUGCUGCUUGGAUCCGUGCGAAGAGGUUGAUAGAUGGGGGGCCAUAG